GACUGGUAGGGGUUGUCACUGGCGAGUGUACUCUCCAUGUUCGUUAAGCCCUAGCUAAUUACCCCUCUUCACUAGGGAAAUGAAAAUCGCACUCUACCAAUCCCUCAAAUUUUCCCAUUGAAAGCAAUACAGUCUCUCUGAUUUCCAUUUCCCUUUCCAUGUCCCUGUAACUGCCCUCUCCAUGGACCCUCGGCGAGCACCACGCACCGUCAGCGACCCGAAGGUCCGCCAAGUCGGCUUCUUUGCUCCCGGAGCCGCCAUACCUGACCGAUCCCAAUCUGGCCCACCUGACCAUAUCUCCUCUUUGCCUCCAACAAUAGCCGACCUCUCUCCCUCCGGUGCCAACUCCCUCUCUCCAGUCAUGAUACCUCCACCACGUCACGCCUCUGCCCCCUUGUCUCCUCUUCGUCGAGACACUGUCCCCGUCGGCAGCUACAAUGCCUCCGAUUUCAUGCCGGCUACAUCUCCUACUGCCGCUACUUCUUCCUCGGAUGACGUAGCUUGGGUGGGUAGGGGAGGAAGGGCUGGAGCCGCGUCGAGUAGUUUUCCUGGGGGAGGAUUUGAUAUGCCAGCAGCGAGUAGCGUUCCAGCAAGUGGAUUGACGACCGUUUCCGUGGUCAAUUUACCUCCUGGUCUAUCUGAAAAGGCUGGAGUGGCAGCAGAACUUCAAAAUGACCGAACUACACAUUCAAAGCCAUUGAAGGAGAAAAUGACUAAAGCUGAAAGGCGUGCCCUUCAAGAGGCUCAACGAGCUGCAAAAGCUGCUGCAAAAGCUGAGGGUGGCAAGGCACCUCCUGCUUCAUCUGGGGCUGUGUCUUCAGCAAAUGCAAAAUCAGCUAAAGCUGCAAAGCCUUCUUCACAAAAGAAUGAUAAUGUUACAGUUGCAGCUUCUGAGAAAAAGGGAAGUGAUCGCCCACCAGAAAAAGAUAGAAAGAAAGAUGUUCCUCAACCUCGGAUGCAAUAUGAUGACAAGAGUCGAGUGGAGAAGGCAAAAAAGCGUGCAGUUGUAAAGCAAACUGAAGCUAGGAACAGAGUUGAGUUGUUCAGGCAUCUACCUCAAUAUGAGCAUGGAACUCAGCUUCCUGAUCUCGAGUCAAAGUUCUUCCAACUAGAUCCAAUGCAUCCUGCUGUCUACAAGGUUGGUUUGCAGUAUUUAUCUGGAGAUUUAUGUGGUGGCAACGCUCGCUGUAUUGCUAUGCUUUUAGCAUUCCAAGAGGUCAUUAAAGACUACUCAACACCACCUGAAAAAACUCUUGUUAGAGACUUGACAGCAAAAAUUGGAAGCUAUGUUUCUUUUCUCAUUGAAUGUCGGCCUCUUUCAAUCAGCAUGGGAAAUGCAAUUAGGUUUCUAAAGAAUCGAAUUGCCAAGUUACCUCUGACUUUCUCUGAGUCAGAAGCAAAAGCAACUCUCCAUUCAGAUAUUGAUCGUUUCAUAAAUGAGAAGAUUAUACUUGCAGACAAGGUGAUAGUUAAGCAUGCAGUCACAAAGAUUAGAGAUGGUGAUGUUCUUCUUACGUAUGGCUCAUCAUCUGCGGUUGAAAUGAUACUACUGCAUGCCCAUGAGCUUGGCAAACAGUUCCGAGUUGUGGUAGUGGACUCUCGUCCAAAGCUUGAAGGGAAACUCCUACUGCGUAGGUUGGUGGGAAAGGGUAUCAGCUGUACAUACACUCAUAUGAAUGCUGUUUCAUAUAUCAUGCAUGAAGUUACCCGAGUGUUUUUGGGUGCAUCAUCUGUGCUGUCCAAUGGAACAGUUUACUCAAGUGUUGGGACUGCCUGCGUUGCUAUGGUUGCCCAUGCAUUCCAUGUACCAGUCUUAGUUUGUUGUGAAGCAUACAAAUUUCAUGAGAGGGUGCAACUUGAUUCUAUUUGCUCUAAUGAGCUGGGUGAUCCAGAUGCCAUUUCAAAAGUUGGUGGGAGAGGGGAAAUCAACUUUUUGGAUGGCUGUGCCAAUAGUGAAAAUCUUCAGCUUUUAAAUCUGAUCUAUGAUGCAACGCCUUCAGAUUAUGUUUCCAUGAUAAUUACAGAUUAUGGCAUGGUUCCACCCACAAGUGUGCCUGUCAUUGUGCGAGAAUACGGGAGGGAACAUUUGUGGAUAUAAAUGUUUGGCUUGUUGAUGGAUCAUGGAGGUUUCUCUAGAAUUUUGUUCCAGCUAAUGUCCCCUGCAUUGCAAGUGGAGAAACAAGAUUAUAGGAUUAUUUUUCUUGUUUUUCUUUUCUUAUCCCCUGUUUGGAAUAAAUUUGAAUUUCAAGAUUUUGACUUCUAAUUUCCUGACUCAGUGAAGAGUGCGUUGUUCGCCUCUCCGGGCAGAUUUAUUCAUGCAUGCUCUUCUAGUUUUAUCCAUUUUUUUCAAUGACUUCUAAUAUUAAAAUAGCAUUUUUGUUGUCA